AUGAGUCAUGCCUUAUGCCCGUGGAAUACUUAUGCUUUUGGAUGUGUUAAAAGCGAAUCUUCUUGCCACAACUACAAAAUUUUGAGGGUUAGCAGUUAUUACGAAAACAGUGAGCGAUAUGUUUUUAAUUUUGAGAUUUAUGAGUUGAGCUCUGAUUCAUGGAGGGUUCUUGAUGGUGUCACUGAUAAAUGGAGGUUACAUCAUUCUGAUGAUGUUGUUUCGUUGAAAGGAAAUGCUUACUGGAUGCACAAAGAUAGAGAAGCUGGCCAUAAUGUCCUACUCAGUUUUGAUUUCACAGCGGAGGUAUUUGUAUCGUUUCCUCUUCCGGAUCAGAGUGAUGAUGAUCGUAGAGAUUUGGCUAUGUCGGUUGUUAGAGAAGAACACCUCGCGGUUUUGCAUCACAAUACUGGAACAUUCUUGACAGAGAUGAAUGUAUGGUUGAGCAAUAAGAUCGAUGAAGCCAAAGAGGUGUCAUGGAGCAAAUUCUUAGUAGUGAGCUUCCAUAACUUUAAGUAUCCACGUUACCCGAAAGAGAUGAAUUUUUGGGUGGACGAUGAGAAUAAAGUGGUAGUAACUUGUGUUAGAGACAUAAACCAUUGUGAUCACGUUUACAUUGUUGGAGAGGAUUUACAUAAACAUGUUUAUGAGGUUGCAAAUGAUACUUGGAUUUGGCCAUGUUUCCUCAGUUAUGUUCCAAGUUUGUGUCACAUCCCCAAGGCAAAAGAAGAAUAA